GCACCCAUCAGUAAUUGUGUGAGAUGGAGAGAGAGGGAGAGAUAAGGUCUAUAAAGAAAGGGAUCAAAGAAAAUCAAAGAAGCCAACUGCAAGUCUGCAACUCAUAACUCAUCCAACUAUUUCAUCCGAAAUUUUAGAAGAAAGAACUGGUCGGAGAAGGAUGAAACCCCAAACAUCAUCAAAACUAGCAGUAGUAAUACUAACUUUGUUCGUAGUGUUGGUAGCGACAACUUCAUCUAGGAGUACUAGAACUACCGCUGAAGCUGAAGAAACACUUAACUUGUCUUCUUCCAUCCACAACUUCAUCGGAGUUAACAAAAUCGAUGAUCGUGACUCUAACGUACUCCAAGAUGAUCAGUCAAGCAUAAAGGAGCAGAUGGGCGCUACAGGAUGCUGUGAUUUGUGUCCUUGUACAAAAUCAAUCCCACCACAAUGCCAGUGUACCGACAUCAAGCCUCAAUGUCAUGCAAAGUGCAAGGCGUGUAGGUGCACCAGAUCCCAGCCUCCUCAAUGUCGCUGCAUGGACAAGACUUCUUUCUGCUAUCCACAAUGUUCAUCCUCACCAACAACACACGCACAUGAAGUUAUCGGCACAUUAAUAAAUGGUGCAAGGAACUAGUAGUUUUAGUCAAAUUAUCUGCAAGCAUGUAUGUGUCUAACUAGCUAUGAGAUUUUCCCCUUUAAUCAAUAAAACUAAAGAGUAUGAUGCUACCAAAAUCCACCAUCUCAAUGCACCUUUGGUCCA